GGAGCCGGCACUGGGAGCUGGUAUGGAGUACUGGGAGGUGACAGAGGGCACUGGGAGCUGGCACCGGGCACUGGGAGCUGGCACCGAGCACUGGGAACCGGUACCGGCCCCUGGGAGGUGGCGCUGGGAGCUGGUAUGGAGCGCUGGGAGUUGAUGGUGGACACUGGGAGCCGGCACUGGGAGCUAGUAUGGAGUACUGGGAGGUGACAGAGGGCACUGGGAUCUGGCACUUGGCACUGGGAGCUGGCACCGAGCACUGGGAGGUGACACUGGGCAGUGGGGACUGGUAUGGAGCACUGUGAGGUGAUGAGGAGCACUGGGAGCCGGCACUGGGAGCUGGUAUGGAGUACUGGGAGGUGACAGAGGGCACUGGGAACUGGCACUGGGCACUGGGAGCUGGCACUGGGCACUGGGAGCUGGCACCGAGCACUGGGAACCGGUACCGGCCCCUGGGAAGUGGCGCUGGGAGCUGGUACGGAGCGCUGGGAGUUGAUGGUGGACACUGGGAGCCGGCACUGGGAGCAGGGCAUGAGCGGAGGCGCCGGGGGCUCGGAGCGGCGCGAGGAGCGGCAGCGAUUCCCCCCGCCCGGCAAGUCCCGCCCCAUCUCGGCUCUGAGGCAGAACGGCCUCCUGCAGGCUCUGGUGCGGGAAGCGGGGCAGCCGGCGGGCGCUGAGAUCAGUGAGGAGCUGCGGCGAGCCCAGGAGGAAUGGGAGGCUGUGGAAGAGAUCCAGUCAGGGCUCUGGGGGACGUUGGCCAGUGCCGCACCCCCGAUCUCCUUCAAUGAAGCACUGCAGUACUUCCAGACAGCCGACCUCUCCGAGUGCAGGGUACGGGCAGGGCCCUGCGCUCUGGCCCUCUCUCGGGGGGUAGUUUUAAAGAAGGUCCAGGCGACGGUGCGCAGGCAAGGCCUGGCUGCUCUGGUUCACUUCCUCUUCGGCCCUCCCCGGCUCCAGCCGCAACUGCAGGGAGAGCGGGAGCUGGCUCUGGCCAUGGCGCAGUGUGGUUUGGAUGAUAACGAGAGGGUGCACAUGAGAAUCCUGCAGACCAUUUACAAGAAGCUGACCCGCUCCAGGCUGGGCUGCCCACGCUACGGGGCGCAUUGGGAAGAGCUCGGCUUUCAAGGUGCGGAUCCCGGGACUGACCUGCGCGGGACGGGGAUGCUGGGCCUGAUGCAGUUGCUCUACUUCGUCAUGGACGCUCAGACGCUGCCACUAGCUCACGAGAUUUUCAAGCUAUCCCGGCAUGAAACCCAGAAUUUCCCCUUCUGCAUCAUGUCCGUGAACAUCACCCGCAUCGUCAUCCAGGCCCUGAGGGAGGAAUGUCUCUCCAGGGAGUGCAACCGCCGGCAGCAGGUCAUCGCCGUGCUGAACGACCUGUACGCGGCGGCCUUCCUGCAGCUCUACCGCCUCUGGAAGUGGCAGCACAAGACCAUCGCUGACUCCGGUUUCCUCCUCAAGGAGCUGGAGUUCUCUGCCAAAAAGAAGCCGAAGCAACUCCUGAAGUCCCUGGAGGCCUACGUGAACCGUGGCCCUGCGGCCGACGGCCUCCUGCGCCCGUCCCCUGCCCCUGGCGACGAGAUGGACUUCACUGGUGUUUGCGACCCGCGGGUUGAGCUGGAAGGAGAAGCCCGGCUGAUCUGACGGGGAGGGAGACGUGCUGCGGGGAGCUCCGCUUGCCGCUCGGCUCCCAGGGAACGCCCGGGAAGGGCCGUCAAGGCCGAGGUGGUAGCCAGAGAGCGAUGGGAGGUGGCCGCUGCCCUGAGAAGGGUCUGGGACUGAGCUGAGAGUGGUUUGGAGCCUGGGAUGCCGCCGAGGGUAGAUUUUUUUUUUUGCCCUAAAUCCCCAGAAAAGUUGUCCUGGUCCUUCCCUGCGGUGCCGGCACUGCUGGGUGCUGCGGGAGCGAUCCGUGGGAUUCACCCCUCUCCAGGCAAGAAUCCUAUGGAGCGGAGGAGGCAAACGUGGGUUUUUUGAGCUGCAGACCUCAGGCUUGGGCUGGUCCGUCUGUCUCUCUCGAAUCCGUGGCCCUGUCUGCCUUUACCCCGGACAGGAAAGGUUAGUGAUGCUCCAGGCGGAGCUGGAGCUCAGUGACGGGGCUCCCAAAUGGAAUCAUGGCUCCGUCGGCAGCCGGGAGGGUGUAAAACCCCUGGCUUCGGGCUGCAGCACCUCGGUGCGGGGUAAGAGCAUGAGCAGAGUCGUCAUCGUCCCCGCCAACAAAGCUGGGGCAGGGCAGGUUUGGGGAGCCCCCCCUGAACUCCCCCGGGGCACUAGUGGUGCGGCAGCACCUAAAUAGGUCAUUAAAGGGAGGAAAAAGUGCUUUUCCCGGUGUUAGCGAUGACUUUUGGCCUUGGAUUUGGAUCUGGUUUGUGCGGCUGGGUGAAGGGGGGGGUUUGUGCUGGUGGGGGAGAGUGGGGAAGGGCGAAGCAGGGUCUGCCCGGCCCCUGGGAGGCCGAUUUGGGGCUCAGUGGUGGAAAACCUGCUCCAGAGGAGAGAAACCAGGGUGGGAUCCUGCCGCGCGGCGCCGGGAGCACUGAGAAGGGGAGGAAAAAUCCCUGCCAGCCUCCGCCUCUGCGGGAGCAGCUGCUUGGGAUCAGGGAAACCUGGGUUUAGAGGAGACCAGGCUUUGGCUCGCAGGUUCCCGAGGUGCCGUUUCCCAACAGGCUCCCUCCUUCCCGGCCCUCCCUGCCUCAGUUUCCCCCUUGGUGAAAUCCGAAUCGCCGCCCAGGGACAAGCUGGGAGCAGCAGCGGGUGCUCCGUGCCUGACGCCAGCCUCCAGUAGGGGCUUACAAAUGAUCCUAAAGCAUCUUCAGCCCACAAAAUAGUGUGUGUGGGGGACAAAGCACCUGGAUCUGGAGAUAAAAAGGUGUGUUUGAACAGGAGAGGUGGGGAGCCGGUGGGAUAACGGAGCGGUUCGUCGCCGACAGCUGCCGGGUGCUGUUAUCCUCCUGGAACGGCGAUUGCUUUCCCAGCAGCGGGGUGGAAAAUGCGUCCCCCAGCUGAAAAAAAACCCAACAAACUAAUA